ACACUGCCACUUCGAUAAUCCACAAACACACACACUCACUGCUGAAAAAACCUCUGAACGAUAAAAGAAAGAAAGAAAAAAAAAAGCACACGUAGCCGACAAAUAUAACCAUCCCAUAUUCCAUUCUAUUCUCUCCAUUCCAUUCCAUCAUCAUCCUCAUUCAUUCUUUCCAUCAUCAUCAUCCUCUCUUUUUCUCUCCACUUAUUUUCUUCCGAUCCAAACAACAACAACAAACGUGUAAACGCUCUUUCCCCUGUCCCACCCCCUUCUUUCUUUCCCUGUCUUUCUUUCUACGUUCCUCAAUUUACGAAACAACUGUCUGUUUCCAUUAAAGCGACCUUCUUUUCAUACAACAAUGCUUUUCUGAUUCAAUUCCAUUCCAUUCUUUCCCCUUUUCUUAGGUUCCUUUUUUUCUCAAUAAUUCCAUUCUAAUUAUUACUAUGGACAAGUACGAGGCUGUUAAGGAUUUGGGUUCUGGCAAUUUUGGUGUUGCUAGGCUUAUGAGGAACAAAGUUACAAAGGAACUUGUCGCCAUGAAAUACAUCGAACGUGGUCACAAGAUUGAUGAGAACGUUGCAAGGGAGAUCAUGAAUCAUAGGUCUCUUCGGCAUCCGAAUAUAAUUCGGUUUAAGGAGGUGAUUUUGACUCCAACACAUUUAGCAAUAGUUAUGGAGUAUGCAGCUGGAGGAGAGCUCUUUGAGAGGAUAUGCAAUGCUGGCAGGUUCAGUGAAGAUGAGGCCAGGUACUUCUUUCAGCAGCUGAUCUCAGGUGUCCAUUUCUGUCAUACCAUGCAAAUAUGCCACAGAGAUCUGAAGCUAGAAAAUACCCUUUUAGAUGGAAGUCCUGCACCCCGCUUAAAAAUCUGUGACUUUGGUUAUUCAAAGUCAUCUUUGCUCCAUUCACGGCCCAAAUCAACUGUUGGAACACCGGCGUAUAUAGCACCAGAGGUUCUUUCUAGGCGGGAGUAUGAUGGAAAGAUGGCUGAUGUUUGGUCAUGUGGGGUGACUCUUUAUGUCAUGCUGGUUGGAGCAUAUCCCUUUGAGGAUCAGGAUGACCCUAAAAAUUUUAGGAAAACAAUCCAGCGUAUCAUGGCCAUUCAAUACAAAAUUCCUGAUUAUGUUCACAUAUCUCAAGAUUGUAGACACCUUAUCUCUCGUAUAUUUGUUGCAAAUCCAUUGAGGAGAAUCUCUAUUAAGGAAAUCAAGAGCCACCCAUGGUUUUUAAAGAAUCUCCCCAGGGAGCUGACAGAAUCAGCUCAAGCUAUGUAUUACCAGAGAGAAAAUCCAAGCUUUCAUCUACAAAGCGUGGAUGACGUAAUGAAAAUCGUUGGAGAGGCAAGAAACCCGCCUCCAGUAUCUAGGCCCGUCAAAGGUUUUGGCUGGGAUGGGGAAGAAGAUGAAGCGGCAGAAGAGUUGGAAGCAGAAUUGGAGGAAGAGGAUGAUGAAGAAGAUGAGUAUGAUAAAAGGGUCAAAGAGGUUCAUGCAAGUGGAGAAUUCCAUAUUAGUUAAGCACUCAAAUCCUUGAGUACUUGCUAAAAUAAUUUUUUAGAAGACAUCUUUAUUUUAUCUGUUGUGUAAACUAGAAGUCACUUAUUCAUGUAAAUUAUUAUUAUGACUCUGGUAAUUUUGUAUGUGCAUCACAAUGGACACCAACUAUGAGAACAAUGUUAGUCUCAUUACUUUCUAAAUUGCUUGUUUGAGAACAGUAA